GUGUUGGGUAACUGUGACUGGGCCAGGUAGGUACAUGGGUAGAGAAAUAUUUGACCUUGUUUGUUUCAUCAGGAAGCCUCCAAAAUGGUUUUCCCACAUGAAACAAAGAAAAUGCUAAUAAACAUUCUGUUAGAAAGUGUUGGGUUAAACAAAGAAACCAUUUGAUCAUAUGAUACAUAUGCUUGUUUAGUAAGAAAAGAGCUCUUUAUUGACUGGUGUUUGGUCUUUCUGUCUCUGAGGUAUAGUAUAGCACAUGGCAGUAGCAUGAUCAGACCUUUUAAUUCAGAUUGAAAUAUUUAUCUCAGCGAUCCAUGAGACUUUUCUUUUCCUGAAACAAAUAGACAUUUUAUUUAGAGCAAUAUUUGACUUUAUUUUAAGCUUUAGAUUAAUUGAUGGUCUUUUUUCUUUCAGGCUUAUCAAAGUUUUGGCUUUGUGACAAAAACAAGUCAAGACUUUUCUCUGGUGAACAGGUGUGCAGACCGUGACAUAUGUCUGUCCAAGAAAUAAGUAAACAUGCAGUUCUCCCUCCUAUCAUUAAUAGAAGUGACAAGGAAUUUUUGGAAAGAAUGCAAAGAUACAUAACUAUAGAAACUGAAAGAGUGGGCUGUGAUGAGGAAGGACCUGUUGAUGAAUAUUACAUCAUAUACCGAAAUGUUUUUGAUCAGGUAUCAUAAUGCUCUAAGACAAGGGAGUUUUUAAUGUGGUAGAAAUGGUCUGUCUUGACAACUAACAUUCCUGCCUUAGUAGCACCACUGCUUGUUUGACUACAUUCCGUCUGUCAGUUUUGAGAAGUUCAUCCAAUUUGUCAGAAAGGGAUGAAUGGGUAAAAUGCAAUGCUGAAUUUAUUUUACUAGACAAUUAAUGAGUGUUUCGGUUAUUGUAGCAUAAGUGCAGGCCACCAGUUUUUGAGCAACAACCUAACUGUGCCCUCUCAUAUCAUUUUGACCUUCCAUCUCAAAUCAUUAUCUGAUUUGUUAGGAAUUGGGCUGUAAGCAAGAACCUGAUAGUUCUUUGUCGUUUUGGGUUGGUUUGUGGUAUCAUUAAAAUCUUGGUUUAGAUUUGAUCUAGCAUAUUAAAUUAAGGCCCCUUGUAGAUUAGAGGUCUAGACAGGCAGGGUAAACAAGGGGUUUAACUGCACUGAACAUUGGAAAUAUGGAGGUCAGAAAAUGCUGUGGCUUUAUGUGAUAUUUGAUUUUGCUUUUCAAGGUUUUAGAAAUACCUGCUUUUCCUUAUAAACAAUUGCAAUAUGGCCACCAAUCCUCAUUUUUUUUACCUCACUUUUUUUUUUUUUACCCCCAUUGGAAGAUGCCCUGACAGUAAAAUAAAUGAAGUCAGCAUCCUUUCCUCCUUACCUAGAAGAAGUAAUUUCUUAGGUUAAGACUUCUGUAAACUAUUGGUCUCUGAGUAAAACAGCCAUAGGCAAAAUAGGAACUCAGUGUUUUGUUUAAAUUUUAAACUUUACACACUCAGUCUUAUUUGUCUUCUAAAUAAAAAUAUAGUGCCUCGCUCUAAGGAAAAAUGAGCACAAAGUAGUGAUAUAUGCCAACAAGUAGAAUUAAGAAAAUUGAUGCAUAUCCAUAAAAAGUAUAAAAUGGAAAAAAAGUAUCUUUUCUUCCUUUUUUUUUAAAUUUUAUUUUUAUAUUUGUUUACUUAUUUUUGGUUGCAUUGGGCCUUCGUUGCUGCACGCGUGCUUUCUCUAGUUGCAGCCACCAGGGGCUACUCUUAGUUGUGGUCUGCAGGCAUCUCUUUGCUGUGGCUUCUCUUGUUACAGAACAUGGGCUCUAGGUGCGCGGGCUUCAGUAGUUGUGGUGCGUGGGCUCUAGAGCACAGGCUUGGUAGUUAUGGCACAUGGGCUUAGUUGCUCCACAGCAUGUGGGAUCUUCCCAGACCAGAGAUUGAACCCGUGUCCCCUGUACUGGAAGGUGGAUUCUUAACCACUGUGCCACCAGAGAAGUCCCUUUUCUUUGUUUUAAGUCAUCUAGAAAAUCUGUCUUUUGGAACUGGUACAUUGGCAGGUUAGCUUCAUUUUAUAAGUUGUUAUGAUCAAUAAAAUUGUUUUGAUGUUUUAGUCAUUAAGGAUUGUAUUAGGUGAGUGUUUAAAGGUAGUGUAUAUGUAUUGAGUAGGUUUAUAAAUAUCAAGAAUCAUGCUGAGACUCUACUUGUGUGAAAUCAGCAAAGGAAAAUUAUCAUAACUGUAACAUACUUAUCUUUGCAUGUCUAAAUGCUAACACUAAUCAGAAGUUUUCUUACAUGAAGAACUCUGCUUUAAAUUAGUAUAUGAGGGUGAGUCAAAAAUUAUAUGCACUCUGGCUGUAGAAUUUAUAGAAAUUUUAAUAUAACUGGAGUGCGAAUAAUUUUUGACUCAUCCCCGUUUUAUAGUGAAGUCAUUUUGGAAGAGGUGUUGGUAAAUUUAAUUCUUAGAGAAAAGACAUGGGAGUAAAUAAAAGAUAAUUUCUACAUCUUUAGUUCUUUUCUCCCUACCUCACAAGAUUUCCAUUUGGACUAUUUGUACAUUGUACAGUUAUAAAUGUACAUUUGUACAUUGUGAAGAAUCCUCUUCUUCAGGACUAAGAGGGGAUUUGAAAUAGAAAUCAUUUGGUACUUAGAGAAACUUUUCUUCUAGCUAGAUAAUAAUAAGAUAAUCUGUCUUUCUAUUUUCAUGCUAUUCCAGCACAUUUGAUUGUUAAUAAACUAUUAAUGUCUGCCUUCUCUAAUUUUCCUUCUCUCUUGGAAGGAUCUAGUUGGGCAGAAGAUAAAAGUAUCAACUUGCAUAUCUGAGUACUUAGAAUCAGAGAACAAAUACCAAAUUCUGUUUAAAAUCAAAGAUAGAGGAUUUAGCUUAGAGAACCGUGCCUACAUCAAAGCAAGGAGGACCUGAGGCUUGUGUAACAAGAGUUGAAGGUAGGUUGCAGAGAGUGCCAAUGACUUAGUAGGCAAAGAAGACCAAAGCUAGGAAGAGUGAGCUUCAGUAGAUAUGGGUGAAUUAUGAAGGCAUUUGGACUCUAGAAAGUGACUGGCCUUUUGCAUUCCUGAUAGCGUGUUGUACAAAUAAUGUAUAUUUGCGUGUAGGAGCUGAGGUGGAAUGAAUACCAUUCCUCUUCUCCCUCAGAUCUCUGUACCUGGUAAGUAUGACUCUGUUUUGGGGGGGUUAACGGAAACUUUUAUACAGGAGUCUGAAACUUGAAUGCCUAAAGGCCAAGAAGGUCAUAUAAAAGAGGUAUGUGGACCGGCUUUAAGAGAAUAAGAAAUUAUGGGGACUGUGGUAAAAUGAAAAAUCAGUCCAAUCUAAAGCUCCAGCUGAUUACUGCCAUUAGGAAUGGGGGUUCCACGUUGGUAGAUUUUUCAGAGUUUUCAAGAGAAGCUGAAAAUUUGGGUUUUGGAUGAAAUUUCCUAAAUUUUAAAAUAUUCUGUGGGCCAAGCAAAACUGUUCUACCUCUGGCAUACCAGUUUGCCUCCUUUAUUUUAAUGCAUUUUUUUGUGCAUUCUGAAAGAUUCCUAUGGGUGUUCUGAUAUCUAUUUCUUCUGGCAGACCCAUAUGGGAUCUGAUCAUGAUGUUUCUACGAGUCUGUUUUCUAUCCAUUAACAUAUCUGAGUUGUCUUGAAUUGUUGCAGCACACCAUAGAGGCUUGUGGAGUGGAGGAUGGCUGGGAACUGGGGAGUAUUUAAUUUGAAAGACCACAGAUUAAUGGUCUCUAUUUUAUUGAAAGUUGCUGGGUGGCAGUCUUGAAUUGUGUGGAUAGGUAAUAUGGUCAUGUCAAAAAGAUAGCCAUCUUCUCCUGCUGCUUGGCAUUGAUGAAUUAUCUCCUUAUACCAUUUGUUUUUUGUUUUUUUUUUUUUUUCCCCCACUGUGCAACUUGUGGAAUCUCAGUUCUCCUACCAGGGAUUGAACCUAGGUCAUGGCAGUGAAAGUGCUGAAUCCUAACUGCUAGACCACCAGGGAACUCUCCUCCUUAUACCAUUUUUUGAUAGACCAGAUAUCUUCCUGGAUAAUUUUUUCUAGGUAUUUUCUAGCUAACAGUGCAAUAUACCAGAGACUAGAGAUAUAGCAGGGGUAGAAAGCAUAAUUGUAUCUUUAAGAGAAAAUUGUGGAUUAACCACAUCUAUUCUUUUUUUUUUAAUUAUUUAUUUAUUUAUUUUAUUGCCUGUGUUGGGUCUUUUUUGCUGUGUGCGGGCUUUCUUUUGUUGUGGUGCGUGGGCUUCUCAUUGCUGUGGCUUCUCUUGUUGCAGAGCAUGGGCUCUAGGCAUGUGGGCUUCAGUAGUUGCAGCACAUGGGCUCAAUAGUUGUGGCUCAUGGGCUUAGUUGCUCCUCGGCAUGUGGGAUCUUCCUGGAGCAGGGAUCGAACCCGUGUCCCCUGCGUUGGCAGGCAGAUUCUUAACCACUGUGCCACCUAGGAAGCCCACAUCUAUUCUUUAUAUGCCUCGAUGCCUUCUGAAAUCCUCGUGAGCAGAAUUUGGCAACCAUAAAUUAUAAUUAUUUUUAACUUUUUUGUUUUUGAACUUCUUUAAAGUGCUUCUUAGUUAUUAUUGUUUUUGUUUUGUUGUGGUUUUUGUUUGUUUGUUUUCUUGGUAUGGGUAAUGCCUACACAAGAUGAACCAGAAAAAGAAAGAAAGGAAGGAAGGAAGGAAGGGAAAGAGAGAAAGAAAAGUAAAAGAACCAAUAAGAAGAGUAUACAAUGAAAAGUCAGGUCCCUGUCAUCUUAGACCUUACUUACCCUUUCCUUCUCUGUAGGUUUCUGUUUUCUUCCAUUAUCGUUCCAGAGAUACUCUGAAGGUUUCCUUCUCUGUAGGUUUCUGUUUUCCUUUCCUUCUCUGUAGGUUUAUAUUUUCUUCCAUUAUCGUUCCAGAGAUAUUAUGUACUUAAACACCAUUGUAAACCAUGAAUAUAAUGUGUGAAGGGUUUUUUUUUCUACAAUUGCGCUUAACAUCUUGGAAUAGACACACAGUUUGGUAAUUGAGAGUAUUGAUCAGCUAGUAGGAACAGAUGGGUAAGAAAAACAGGGAAGUGAAGAAAGUCCAGGUUUUUAAGGUCUGAAUGAAGUCAGAGACUAGAUUUGGAGGUAAUGAGGGACGAUAUGUAAUUGUAUUUACAAGGUCCAGAAUUGGGAUAAUUAGACCUGGUAUUGGUUUUGACUGACCUCAUAUAAUGUAUGUGUUAAUUCCUAGUAGAGCAAAAAACAUGUUUUUUUUUCUUUCUUUCUUAUAUUUAAGCUCACAGAAUUGUAAUGAUUCACAAAGAGCAUACAUUCAGUAAUGAUUAACUGUCUUUAAUACCCAGUCAUAUUGCAUAUAAGUGCAAGCUCAAAUUUGUAAAAUUUUAAAGCUCUAAUUGCCCAUGAUGUUUCAUUAAAAAAAAAAAAAUCUAUAAUGCUAUUUGCAAGGCUUUUGAUCCAUAGUCUUCUAGAAAAAAAUUCAGUACAUAGGCAGAAAAAUCAUAUUUCAGGUAAUAGAAUAUGUCACUGCCUACAAAUCCAUUCUUACUUCAAUCAAAAAAGAAUACGAUGCCUUUAUUGAGACAAUAAAGAAAAGCCAAAGAACUGCAUUUUAUCUUCAUGGGAAACUUAAAGUUUUGGCAGGAGAGCCCACAGCAUUGGUAUAUCACAGGAAAAGAAUAACCCAACUUCAAGCAAAGAUGAGGCUUAUUGAAAAUAAUUCCUCAAAGAUUCAAUUGCAAAUAGAUGAAAUGAAACAACUUAGGGCAGAGUAUGACACAAAAGAAGGACAAUACUAUACUUUCUGCAAAGAUCCUUCAAAACCUAUUCCAGGCAUGACUCUCCAAGAAUCAGUCAAUUUAGAUGCUCUCACUAAAUACUUGAAACAUCUUGAAGAUAAAUAUGCAGAAAUUGAAGAACUUAUGUCAAAAAACUAUGUGCCAGCUCAGAGGAAAGCAGAUUUAGAGGAGGAAAUGACUUUAGUAUUAGAACGGCGAGAUUUAACUGAAAAUUUGAACAAUGAAUUACAGUUUUGUCAUCAAAGACUGCAGAUUAUUUCACAGGCACUUACUUUGUGGGUAAAAUCUGAUAUGAGCAGAUCAUUUCAAGACUUCGUGGAGCACUUUCAGAAAAAUAAAGAUUUACACGGUGAACAAGGCAUUGUUGAGGAACUACUUGAAGAAGACCCAGGCAAGGCAAAAGAAGCUGAAAUUUUGCUGUACUACGUCAAAAGGUUCAAUGAAUUAAUCUCACUUGGGGAAUAUGAAAAGGCAGUUUAUUUUGCAGUGAACAGUCCUAGAAGAGUUCUUCAAAACAUUGGGACAGUGAAUAAAUUUAAGGCUGUUGGAAAAAUUAGAGGAAAGCCUUUCCCAUUACUCUUAUUUUUUGAGGCUAUCUUUAGCAUAAGUCAUGCUUUUAGACAUCCUGUUGAUGCAGAACUAACUCUGGAAGGAAUCAAAUGUGGAUUAUCUGAAAAACGUUUAGAUUUAGUUAUCAAUUGGGUCACCCAGGAAAGUGAAUGUGGCCUCCAAAAGAAAGCUCUUCUUUGCCUGUGUAAACAGGGUCAAGUUCAUGGGGCCAUGGAAUACCUACAACAAUUCAAGGACUUUACUUCCGAUGACCUGAUGCAGUUAAUAAAGUUGUGUCCCCACACUGAAUUAAUUCAGUGUCUCACUAAAGAAUGGAAUGGGAAACCACCAUAUUUAUCUUUUGGUCUUACUGUACUUUACCUGUUCUCUGUAGAUAUGAAAAAAGUUGGCAUUAAGCUACUUCAAGAAAUAAGUAAAGGUGGAAAAGAUGCAGUUGAACAUCUUAUGAUAAAUGAUCCAUUUUGCUCCCUAGAAAAGUGGCAAGAAUUAGCAAAUGUAUGUUUACAGAAUGGCUUUGACAAAUUAUCUAAUGACAUCAUGUCUAUUCUUCGAUCUCAGGCUGGGGUUACAGAAAUUUCUGAAGAGGAUGAUACAGUUAACUUAAUGCAGCAUGUUUUUUGGUAGUUCUACAUCUUAACCAGUUGAGGGAGCCUGUACAACAUUUUAUGUAUAUCAGUUGGGCAAACUGAUUUUGGUAUAACUAACUUAUAAAUAAAUCUGGAGUGUGAAGUUCU